CAGAGGGUCCACUAUGAUGAGAAGCUCUGGGCGCAGUAUCCAGGCGUGUGCAGAGUGCCGAAAGUCCAAGCUGAAGUGCGAUGGCAUGUUUUCCAGAGACUCGACAUGCAGCCGGUGCCGGAGACGAGACACGCACUGCAUCUGGCCCUCCUUUGACCCGGUGCCCGAGCUGUUCUCUUCGGCGGGUGAUGUCAGCGUAGAUACAUCACCGUCGCAGAGACGGGCGCCGCGAUCUUCGUCAGCUGCAUCGCCCUCCAACAAUCUGGCAGGUGCUCGAUCGGGUGCUCGAUCGGGUCAUUCGCGCUCCAGGAAUAGCGACGAGUCGCUGAGAUCACCGGAGAGUCUGGACGAUGGCCCAGCAAGCGCAUGCGCACGUACCCAGCCCCUCUAGUGCAUUUGCGCCAAUAUGCAUCACAAACGUGUGCCUCGAUUCCGUCGGACCAGUGCGAGCAUGACUUGCUCGACACGGCGUCGCACGUCGGGGAAGACGAAGCGGCCGAGGUGCAGUCACUGAGCGAGCUGCUAUCGUCGCAGGGCUGGAGGCCUGCCCAGAGGCAGGAGCUCAAGACGGAGCGGCGCAUCUUCUUCCAGCACGUGCUGGCCACGGAGCCGCCCGCGCUGAAGGAGUACGACCCUCUGGACAUGGGACUGGUGGACGAAAGGGACGUGGUGCGCCUCUUCAGAGUCUACUUUGAGGCCAUCAAUCCGCAGCAGGGGCUGUCGGACCCGCUGGUCGACACGCCUACCACUGUCCGAUUGACCUCGCGUGCGCUAUUCAUCACCAUCAUUGCCGUGGCUGCUUCAGUGGACCCUCACCCCCGCUCGAGGGAGAAGCACGCGGCGCUGCAACGCUGCAUGGAGCAUGCCAUCUCGCUCCUGCUCGCCUCCAAUGCCAAGAGCCCAGAAGUCGUCAAGACGCUCCUGCUCGCCUACCUCUUUUCGCCAAAGCCGUCCUGCCUGGCCGAAGAUAAAUGCUGGUGCCUUGUGGACACGGCAGCCCGUAUCGCAAAUGAAAUCGGUCUGGACCAGAAGCUGCGACGGCAGCAGACAUGCAUCAUCAAUCCGGAGCACGCCAGUCGCAGUGGAGACAGGGCGUGGAUGUUUGCCGUGGUGGCGCAGCAGAGCUUGGGCACCCUGAGCGGUAUGGGCUCAACAAACGAACUCAAUGUGUCGUGGGACAGCCUCGAGGAGUGGUGCCAGUGCGCAGAUGCGCUACUCGGAGAUGUUCAGCUCGCUGCGUACCUCUCCCUGCGCAACAUGGAGUGCCGCGUGCGCAAGCAAAUCGAAAGCGUCAAAGAGGGCAGCGAGUAUCUCACGGCAGAGGGCGUCCGAGUCAACUGCAACGGCCUCUUUGACGCAUGGAGGAGCCGAUGGGUCGACCAUGCCAGGCUGGCCGAGGACGAAUUCUCGCGCGCCUACCUCCUCACUAUCGGGCUCCACAUCCAGCUUCUGCUCAACGUGACUCUCCUCUCGCUCGAGCGCGAUCACAAAGAGCUGCAGCAUAGCUCACAAGGGACGUCUGAUGCCAUCGACAAGUGUGCGUAUCUCGCUACGGAGCUCUGCAACCACUUUCUGCGCAGCUUCAGUGGUCGGGCGCACCAGUUGGCACGCCAUGUGGGCGCCAUGAUCACCUGGAGUGCGCUCGUCUUGCUGCAGAUGAAAUCAGCGAGUGGGCGCUGGACAAUCGCAUGCCGCAUCGCGCUUCUGCUCGCUGGCGACGCUGGCGAUCUGAACCGGCAGCACAACUUUGCCAGCUUCUACGGGCGCCUGCUGCUGUCCUUUAUUGAUCACGUUGUGGGAACCCCACCUACGAGGCUGGUUCGUGCGUCUGGCGGGAGGUGGAGCGCUGAGAAGCCUGUGGUGGACGUCUCGCCGGUAUUUGGGGCUGAAAGGGUCGAGCCCCACCUUGCGCUGACCGAUACAAGUACGACGAUGGAUAGAUUAUCAGGCGAAGAAGCGCCCACGGGCAUGGUAGAACCGACAGAGGUCGAUUUGCUCGACGCAAACUGGUUCAGCCAGUUCUUCGACAUGCCCAAAGACUAUCAGAUUCAGCAAUACUAGACACCCUUCACAUCUGAACCUAUG